CUGAUUUUUUGAAGUGACUUUUUUUCUAACUCUCUCGUUUUGUUUUAGUAUGAAUCCACCGCCUCCUGGCGAAUUUGGACCCAUGCCUCCAGGAAUGGGAUAUGGCCAGCCAAUGCCUCCUAUGGACCCCUCAGCAUCAAAUUGGAAUGUGAAUGGACCUCCUCCAGGAUAUUCUCUGCCCAUCAUACCAAUGCAGUACGGACCCGGACCACCUAGGCCUGGAAUGCCCAUGUAUUAUGAUAAAG